GCGGACCUCGGGACGGUGCCCGGCAAGCCGUACUCCUUCGCUCUGUACCUCUUGGUAUUUCUGGAGGAGUACUUGAAGGAUAUCGAGACCCUCCGUGACGGCGAAACCAUCUCAGACCGUGCAGCAGAACUCCGCGAGGUUCUUCUUUGCUUUCACCGUGGUGGGCUGGCUCCAGAUCGGCUUCGGCUGGUGUACAGCCACAUUGAGCAGGACUUCCCCCGCUUUGAGGCUGCUGGCGCCCUGUUGCCAAUGCCGUCUGCCGUCAGCCUUUGCCACACGAUGCUGGCGACAGGUCUUAGCUCUAGUGGCGCUACGACAGUCCUCUUGCGCUCCUCGCUGCGUGAGCCUUUGAUCCACGUAGCCGACGACUCGCAGGAGCUGCGCAUGCUGAAAACCAUCGAGAUGUUAAUUCGACUUGACUUCCUCUACACGCAGGAGCGGCUGCCCCCAGAGGUCACCGAGUACCUCUCCGUCGUUCGAAAUCUCCGCUACUACGACCGUGAGCUCCGCCGCGACACUCCCCUGUCCUACCAGAUGGCAUUCUUCUUGCGGAAGCAUGGCUUCCCUGCCAAGCGUAAGAUGCUGGGGCCGUAUCCUCUGAAGGCGGGAUGGGGAACGGAGCGAGCCCUUCCUGCCAUGCUCUGGUUCCGUGAUGACUUUGCACGAAGCUUUGCGGGCAUGCAAAUGUGUAAGCAUUGUACCAUCGGCGGCCACGGUGAUGAGAAGGUCUGUGACCCUGAGGAGCGGGUCAACUUCGAGCCUGUGGAGGAGCGGACCUGGCGCUUCGGGCUCAUCGAGACGGCCCGAGCGCGGAAAAAGCGGCACCUGGAGGCCGGUGCGGAGCUGUAG